CACUGCCAUGUUCAGUCUUCUCCCCAUCGUUCUCGCUCUGGUAGCCCUUACUCGCGCUGAUUGCACGUGCGAUUGUGAACCCAUCUACACCAUCCGCUCCGAUCCCUUCAACCUUGUCCUCAUAUCCGAAGACACCUCCUGGAACGGCACUACACUUUGCGCAUGCCAUGCAGGUGCAGCAAUAUUUACGCUCUGCCCCACGCUAUCAGAGGAUAGCGCUCAAUAUCCCGUUGUAUUGAACCAUAACACAACCGGAACUGCCAUUACAAAUACCUUCGGCACCCAAGGCAUCCUCUCUUGAACCAUCUCCUACGACCCCUACCCCGUCGACCUCUCCGUGCUCCUCCAACCCCAAGACAUAGUCCCCCUAUCCAUAGCUCAACUCGCCAUGACCUACAGUGGCGACGGCAGCCUUUCUUUCGACAACAGAGACACACUAAACUACCAGAAUCCGAUUACUUGGGGGGCUGAGAAGCCGGAUAUGGGUGAGUGGAUAGGGUAUUACCGCUGGUGGGUCUGCUUCACGGGGUAUGGGACGGGGUAUGUUAGGCAGACUUUGGUGUGGGGGACUGGGGUUGGGAAACCUGGUAAGUGCUUUGCGCGUUUUUUGCUUAUUCCCCGGGGUAAUUUGGGGUAUUGAAUCCGUGCUGACUUCUUUCUACUAGAUCCGCCGAGUUGUGUUAAGGUUGAAGUUAAGAGGGUGUUUGUCUAAUAGCCUGCCUGGAAAAAGUUCGAGCUCUAAGUCUGAGUCAAAGACGCAUUCUCUUCUUCGUCGAUCAGAUGGUACAUGAGG